GCAGGCCUGGAGGGGGCGGUUCUGCGCGGGCCUCGCCGCUGCCUGCCCCGCCGGAGCACCAGGAGGUCACGGCGUGACCGCCGCCGCCACUCGUACGAAGUCGCCGGGGUGCAGCCAUGGCGUACUGCCGUCAGGAAGGGAAGGAUCGGAUUAUAUUUGUGACCAAAGAAGAUCAUGAGACUCCAAGCAGUGCGGAGCUGGUGGCCGAUGACCCCGACGACCCCUACGAGGAGCACGGGUUGAUACUGCCCAAUGGAGACAUUAACUGGAACUGCCCUUGCCUCGGCGGUAUGGCCAGUGGCCCCUGCGGGGAGCAGUUCAAGUCCGCCUUCUCCUGCUUCCACUACAGCAAGGAGGAGCUCAAGGGAUCAGACUGUGUAGACCAGUUCCGGGCCAUGCAAGAGUGUAUGCAGAAAUACCCGGAUCUCUAUCCCCAAGAGGAUGAGGAAGAGGAGGAAGAGAAAACGCCAGCAGAAGGAGUGGCAGCAGCCGCUGUGAGUGAGGCCCCUGCAACCAAAGAAGAGAAGGGACCCAGCUAAUGAAGGCCGCGGGUGCUGGGCCCCGGGCCUCCCACCUCCAAGGGACACGGACCUCUUACACGAUGCUUUUCAUCCCCCUCUGGCUGCUCUCUGCACUGUAAUGUACAGAGUAACUUAUUGUGUUGAUUGGGGUUUGGCCCCUUGAUGUAUACACUGGAAGGAGAAGUGCGAGUGUGUGUGUGUCUUACGUAAGCCUAUCAGUGAGUGUAGCUGCCACUUUGGAAUUCUCUCAGCCCCCAGUUUUGCCACUUUGAAAUAAUGUGCUGAAUAGUCUCAGCAACAAUAUUUCUUGUGAGCUGACUUAUUUUCUUCUGUUAUAUCUCUCAGUGGAUAUAUUUCCUAGGGAAAUUGGAGCAAAAACAUCUUCCAUUUAACGACAGUGGGGCCAUCCCUGGAGGAAGAGGCCGGAAGUGAGGCGUGUUUCUCAGAAACUGUCUUGACCUUGUGUGUGUGAGAGUGCCAUACUCCAUUCCUGAAUUUUGGUUUCUGUGUUUGCGUUCAACUUGGCUUUCCUGGACUAGAGGGGGCGGUUGGGGUGCUCUGGUUCACAUCCCUUUCUAAGAGAAAGGAAAGCUGCCUUUUGCAUUUCCCGUUUCGCUGUUCUUGGAAGGCCUGGUUUGGGGUCCAGGGUCAGACUGGCUGUCAGUCUGGCCAGAUGCUGUGUGCCUGAGAAGCAGGGACCUGCUUGCCACCAGAGUGGCAGCCAAGAGUGCGAAUGACGAGCUCAAUUAAAGUAAGACAUGAUUUGUA